GGCCAAAGACCGCAAUUAAUGAGUGAGCAAGUACUGGUUGCUGUGAACAAAAUCUUAAUUAAUUAAAUCUAAACCCAAAAAAGAAAAGGAAAAAAUAUCGUCUCCUUCAUUACAUCGCACGAACUUCCACGCCACCGAAGAAGCUCCAUUUUCCGGCGAAGCUCUGCGAAUUUUCCGUCCGACGAAGCUCCGGUGGCUGGGUUGUGGAAGAACUAUGGGAAACCGCUUCAUAUGCAUGACGAAGAAGGAUCCCAAGGAGGUCACUGGAUCGAGGAGCAAGCGGAUGGGCAGCCGCUCCCAGAGGAAGCUGCUAGUCGACGAGGAGCUGCUCCACCGCCAGGCCCUGUCCAUGGCGCUCCAACAGUCCCAGAGGUUCGAAGGGUCCAUGUCCCGGCACUUCAACGGCGGCAACACCAGCUCCCGCUUCAACGGUGGCAACACCAGCUCCCGCCGCCGCAAUCUCUCCGAUCCCUUCUCCAAUGGAAAGCAGUUAUCAGAAUUCCUGGAGAGCCUCAAGUGUAAGAAAAUCGUCUUGAUACAUGGAGAAGGAUUUGGAGCUUGGUGUUGGUAUAAAUCAAUUGCUCUUCUAGAGGAAGCUGGGUUGGUUCCGACUGCCCUUGAUCUCACGGGAUCUGGUAUUGAUAUCACAGACACAAACUGUGUCACUACACUAGCGGAAUAUUCAAAGCCAUUGAUAGACUAUCUUCAAAACCUUCCCGAGGAUGAAAAGGUUAUUUUGGUUGGUCAUAGUGUUGGGGGUGCAUGUGUUUCUUAUGCUAUGGAGCAAUAUCCUGAAAAAAUCGCAAAGGCAAUUUUCCUUUGUGCAACAAUGGUGUCUAAUUGCCAGAGGCCUUUUGAUGUGUUCGCUGAAGAGCUUGGCUCCGCGGAACAUUUUAUGCAGGAAUCUAAGUGCUUAAUUCAUGGAAACGGAAAGGAUAAGCCGCCCACAGGCUUCAUGUUUGAUAAACAACAGAUGAAGGGAUUAUACUUCCAUCAAUCACCUGCCAAGGAUGUUGCUUUGGCUAUGGUUUCGAUGAGACCGAUCCCACUAGGACCCAUCAUGGAGAAGCUCUCCUUGUCCCCGGAGAAAUACGGAACUUGUCGCCGCUUCUACAUUCAGACCCUAGAUGAUCACGCACUCUCUCCUGAUGUCCAAGAGAAGCUAGUCCGAGAAAACCCGCCUGAAGGUGUGUUCAAGAUCAAGGGCAGCGACCAUAGCCCCUUCUUCUCGAAACCGCAGUCGCUUCACAAGAUCUUGGUAGAGAUUGCUCAAAUCUCGUAGGUAAAGAAACGGGUUCUCGAAAGAGUAUGGUGAUUCUUUUAUAUAAUUUUCAUUGUGACCAUAGGAGGGAAGGUAGUUACACUUCGAUUCAGUUGCAUUGCUGUACCUUGGAGAAAUCCCUGUGAAUGUAAACCUACCUUGAGGAAAGAUUACACGUCCAUUAAUUAAUCAAUUCUCUCUCUCCCU